GUGGGUGUCACUCUAUCCCAGCUGGAGGGACACAACACAACGUUCAAAGAAGAGAGGACACCCUACAACACAGGACGCUUCUCUUUUGGAUUUUUCUUACUAUCUUACUUUUCUGACGCUAAAGUGCUAAAGAUUUAAGUCGGGGCUUGUUGUCCUUUUGGAGGAGUUUCACGUGUCUCCAUUUGGCACCAGGCGCAUCUGCCAUCUACUGCAACUAGGUGUCUGGAACUGCCAAAAUCAUGCCGACCGGGUUUCAGCAACUUGGAGGGGAGACAGUGACGGGAACCUUUGUUCUCUCAGUCUUCACUGCCAUCCUGGGCUCUCUGCAGUUUGGAUACAACAUCGGCGUCAUCAAUGCACCUCAGAAGAUGAUUGAGGAGGACUAUAAUGCGACAUGGCUGCAUCGGCAUGGAGAGCCCAUCCCGACAGGCACCCUCACUUCCCUCUGGUCCCUGUCCGUGGCUAUCUUCUCAGUUGGCGGCAUGAUGUCUUCCUUCUGUGUGGGAUUCGUCUCUGAGUGGCUGGGCAGGAGGAAAGCCAUGCUCAUAAACAACUUGUUUGCUUUCAUCGGUGGAAGUCUAAUGGGGUUGUCCAAGCUCUGCCGCUCCUUUGAAAUGAUGAUCCUCGGCCGCCUUAUCAUCGGUGCCUACUGUGGUUUGGCAUCAGGUCUGACACCGAUGUAUGUGGGUGAGAUAGCUCCUACAAGUCUGCGAGGGGCACUGGGCACGCUGCACCAACUGGCUAUAGUCACUGGUAUUCUCAUAGCGCAGAUCCUGGGCUUGGACGUGUUACUGGGCAGCGAGGACUUAUGGCCAGUUCUGUUGGGUUUAACUGUUGUGCCGACUGUACUUCAGAUGGCACUUCUGCCUUUCUGCCCCGAGAGCCCCCGCUUCCUCUACAUUAUCCGCUGCCAGGAGCACCAGGCCAAGAGAGGCCUGAGGAGGUUGACGGGCAGGCAGGAGGUGGGCGACAUGCUGGCAGAGAUGAAGGAGGAGAAGAGAAGGAUGGACAUGGAGAGGAAGGUGUCCAUCCUGGAGCUCUUUCGCUCGCCACUCUACCGCCAGCCUAUCAUCAUUUCCAUCCUCCUGCAGCUCUCCCAGCAGCUGUCUGGGGUCAAUGCGAUUUUCUACUACUCCACCAGUAUCUUCAUGAAGGCAGGAGUCCAGAGUCCAGUCUAUGCCACCAUAGGAGCAGGCGUGGUAAACUGUGCCUUCACUGUGGUCUCGCUCUUCCUGAUAGAGAGGAUGGGUCGACGGACGCUCCACAUGCUAGGACUUGGUGGGAUGUGCAUCUGUGCCAUCAUCAUGACCAUGGCUCUUGCUUUAUUGGACAGUGUUCCUUGGAUGAGCUACAUCAGCAUGCUUUCCAUCUUUGGCUUUGUGGCCUUCUUUGAGAUUGGUCCAGGUCCCAUCCCCUGGUUCUUUGUAGCUGAGCUGUUCUCUCAGGGUCCAAGGCCAGCUGCCAUGGCUGUGGCCGGCUUCUCCAACUGGACAGCCAACUUUAUCAUCGGCAUGUCCUUCCAAUAUGUUGCUGACCUUUGUGGGCCAUACGUCUUCCUGAUCUUCGCAGCACUCCUCCUCUUCUUCCUCAUCUUUACAUUCUUCCGGGUGCCAGAGACCCGGGGAAAGACCUUCGACCAGAUCGCAGUAAGCUUCCAACAGCGCUCAGUGGGAGGAAUGAUGGACAUGGACAUGGACCUGGACAAGCCCAGCACUGAGAUGGACUUCUUAGGGGAGGAAAUCAUCAACUGAAGUGUCCCUGGCUGAAGAGAGAUGGAACUGAGUACAGCUUGGGAUGAACUGUGUUUAUGGGACUGCAAACUUUUAUUUUCUGACAUGUACCGUACUGUGCAAAAGUUUUAGGCAGGUGCUGAAAAACUGCUGUAAAAUAAGAAUGCUUUCAAAUAUAGACAUGUUAAUAGAACAUUUAUAAAUUAACAAAAUGCAGUGUGAAUGAACAAAAGACAAAUCUAAAACACAUCAAUUUUUGACAUGACCACCAGUUGCCUUUAAAACAUCAACAAGCAUCAAUUCUUCUAGGUACACUUGCACAAAGUCAGGGAUUUUGCAGGCAUAUCGUCAGGGUUAUGAUCAAACAAUUAUACCAAACAGGUACUAAUGAUCACUUGUUCAAUAAGUAGGUUGAAACACAAUCAUUAACUGAAACAGCUGCGUAGGAGGAAUACAGCUGGGCGAGGAACAGCCAAACUCAGCUAACAAGUUGAGGUUGCUGAACACAGCUUACCGUCAAAAGUCAUACACAAUGGCAAGACUGAGCACAAGGUAGGUAUACUAUCAGCAAGGUCUUCCAUGCAGAAAUUUCAAGGCAGGCACGAGUUUCCAGAUGUGCUGUCCAAGCUCUUUUGAAUAAGCACAAAGAAACUGGCAACGUUGAGGACGCAGUGGUCGGCCAAAAAAUCUUACUGCAGCAGAUGACAGAAACAUCAUGCUUACUUCCCUUCCCAAUCGGAAGGUGUCCGGCAGUGCAAUCCGCUCAGAGCUGCAGAAAACAGUUGGACCCUGGUACACCCAUCUACUGUCUGGAGAUGUCUAGUCAGAAGUGGCCUUCAAGGAAGUCUUACAGCCAAAAGGCCAUACCUCCGAUAUGGAAACAAGGCCAAGUCACUCAACUAUGCACGGAAACACAGGAGCUAGGGUUCAAAGAAAUGGCAGCAGGUUUUCUGGACUGAUGAGUCAAAAUGUAAAAUAUUUGGCUGCAGCAGAAAGCACUUUGUUCCGAAAGCAGUACAAGAAUCAGUAUCUUCAGGCAACAGUGAAGCAGGGAGGAGAUUCCUUGCAAAUUUGGGGCUGCAUUUCUGCAAAAGGAGUUGGGGAUUUGGUCAGAAUGAAUGGUCUCUCCUAAAUGCUAAGAAGUACAGGCAGAUAAUUACUCGUCAUGCAAUACCAUCAGAGAGACAUCUGAUUGGCCACAAAGUUUACUCUACAGCUCAACCACAACCCCAAACAUACAGCAUAAGUCAUUUAGAACUAUCUUCAGCGUAAAAAACAAGGAGUCCUGAAAGUGAUGGUGUGGUCACACCAAAUGUUGAUUUGAUUUUUCCUCUUUUCAUUCACUUUGCAUUUUGUUAAUAAAUAUAAUCUAUUGACAUUUCUAUUUUUUAAAGCAUCCUUACUGUACAGCAUUUUUUUUUUUCACACCCACCUAAAACAUUUGCACAGUACUGUAUAUUGAGGUCAGUUGUUGUAUUCAUAUAGCAUGUGGUGCCGAAGCAGUGUUGAAGGUGUGUUGUGGAAUUAUCCAUUGCUGGUACUACUACAAUAUGAGAUUAGUGGUUACAAAUUGAGCCUUGACAAAAGGCAAAAAAAACCUAUGAAGUAAGAGUCGACUACUGUAGUUUCAAGGAAUAAGAUGCACAUAAGAACAAAGCGUUUGGACUGUUCAGGCAUUGACUGCCAAUAUGGUCUGUAUUUAUUCCAUGGUGAUGCACUCCGUUGCAAUAUUGACAGACAAGAGGUGGCGAGACAUUGGAAUUCCUGCACUUUAUCUAAAAAGACAUCCAGAGUUUUCAGUUUGGAGGUUAAAAAAAAACAAAAAAAAAAAAACACCCUAGUAUAAAACAGCCAUUGAGCUAAGUAUACUUGCCUAUUUUGUACUAAAGCUGGGAACACACUAGGUGUAAAUCCAACUGAUUGAAACACAUUUAACUGAGAUUUAAGUCAGACUAGCAUACAGCAUUCAUAUUUUAAUAAGUGAUAGUUGUAAUGUGUUUAACGCAAGGUUAAGUACCCAACGCUAACAGUAACUGUGACAUGGUGUCCCUCUAAUUUACCCGGACUAUUAAAUCUUUCAGAGCCUCAAAGUCUUCAUUACCAAACUGGCCUUGUCAUGUAGUGUGUUCCCAGCUAAAGCUAGCAGAGUUUUUUUUUGACCAUUGCACAACCUGCAGUUACUUUUAAAGAAACAAAUCUAGUUUAGUACUUCAUGUUUAUAUGGUGUGUAUUGAGGGUCAAAGGGUUUCAAUUCUUGCACUCCAGUAGCUGUUUGGUUUAGUAAACAGAAGUCCAACACACUAGGAGAAAGAUGUGCAAUCAAAAGGGCUUCUUUUUUAAAACCACAGGAAUUGUUUGUGUAUUUUUCUUGGCGUCUCAUGUGUGCCGUUUGCUGUCUAUUCUUUAAAAAGGAGUGUAUCACUACCUUCUGGAGAUUUGUAUUGAGGAUGUUCAGAGAGGACCUGUAAUAUGUGUAGAGUCGAUGUUGGUGCUGUGGUCAUGUGACUAAAAGGAUGCAGAGACUGUAAAUAAUGUUACUGAAAAACACCCGAGAAUGCUUCCAUUCAUUUGUAAUUAAUACAAAUACGGUCAAAAAGCA